AUGCUACAUCGACCAACUUAUCUUCGCUGCCAUCAAGAAAAGGCACCAAGUGAAAAAGGAAAAGUUCUCGGGGGCGAAAACAUUGAGGAUAUAUACGAGCAUCACAUGUAUAAGAUUACGUCAGGUGACUACGACAUGGACUUCAAGAAAUCAGGUAUACAAGAUGUUCGGUACUCCGAAGUUUCGAGGAUACUUGUAGGCGAGCCUGUUGGCCUCGGCAAUUCAUACGACUCUGGUCAAUAUCCGCCGGAUGCAUUCUCUGCUAGAUAUCUACGCGAGGAAUUAUACCAGACAAAUCUCAACAUCAAACUGGUAACAGAUAGGGAAGUCACGUUCCGCAAACUUGGGAAACUAGCCAUUGCCUCAAUAACUCAGCCCCUCUCAGUUAUAUUCGAUUGUGUAGGCCCGGAAAUUGUGAAUUCGAUUGACCGGAUGAAAGUUGUGCGUCGUUUAUUGCAAGAGACAGUCAAUGUUCUGAGCAAGUACGACGAAAGAUUCACGCCAUCGUUACUCACAAGGUACCGGAUGACACUUCUGGAGAGUCACAGCGGCGGUCCAAGUAAGAUGCAGGUUAAAAUUAAACUUAAUGAAUCUCAUGACAUAGAUGGCCUGAACGGAAUGAUUGUCGAGUUCGGAAGAUGGACUAAUUUAGGCUGUCCGUUGCAUGAAGAGGUGAUAAGGCUGGUGAAAGAGAAGGCAAUUAGUCAGGCCAGUGCAAGGACAGCUGAUAUCAUGAGACGAAAACAGGAGCAAAAACUGCGUUGGGAGCAAAACUUGCCGCAUAAUCGCAAAAGAAACCUAAGUGGCGGGAGAGAAGGACAGUCUGUGGAAGAAUAUGAAGAGACAUGGAAGUCUACCAAGCAGAGGCACAAUCCACCCAAAUCAAACAGCAAAUCGCUAAGACAUAUUCCCAAUGUAAAGCCUUUUGACAAGCCAUUCAUCAUGCCUCUCGGGUCCCGCCAGCUUGCUUCCCCAGCGGAACGGAGAGCAGCACUCGAGGUGACUGAGUAG